AUGCCGAACCCAAGUCGAUAUUCAGAUCCAGAUCCAGAUCUCAGCCUCAUACCGCCCCAUCGAGCCCUCACCAUCCUGACCAGCGUCUUCCAAUCACUCGCCUUUUGCACCGGCUUCGUCAAUCUCGCAGAACCCGACAAAGAUGCCAUAAUCCUCGGCAUACUGCUAGAGUCCGAUCCACCAAGGCCCGUCGAACUGGCAUAUAUCAAAGUCCGCGGCGUUUACAAUCUAGCUACCGGUCUUGCCGGCCUGGGCAUCUUGCGCUACCUGCAAUUCUCAUAUGUCGCCACUUCCUCUCCUGCAGCAGCUACGGCGGUGAGGAAGGUCAUCGGCAUCACCAUGUUGGCCGGCACCAUUGUCAGACUGGGAGACUCGUGGGUCCUGUCCGAGUUCUCGCACGGGCCCGGUUUGUCAAGAAGUGCCGCGGACUUCGCGGGGUCCAAGAGUACGGAUCAUGCAAUCAUGGCUAUUCCAUAUGCUGUCCUGGCGACGGCCUGGUUGCUCACUUAG